AUGAAUGGUGCUCGCUCGAGCAAUACUUCUUUGGAAACUGGGUCAAACAAGCAGCGUCGACCCCGAUCCCCGCCGUCGAUGUAUGUCGCCUAUGAAUCGAACGUCGCGAAAGCGCCGAAGCCACUCAUCAAGCUGGACAAAACGAAGAAGAGGGACAAGGGGAAGGACUCAGACUCUACCGCCAGUCCGCGACCAUCUUCCAGUGGGACUGGAAGUAACUCUGUGCCCCGCCGACCCUCAUUCCUCAGUCUUCGGCGGAAGAAAUCCAGCAACUCCUCAUUGAAUUCUCACUUCCCUCCGCCAUUGGAGAUUCCGCCCCCAUUACCGUCGCCCUCACUUACCAGGAGUGGAACUACACCCUCAUCUGCCGCGUCUUCCCCAUACGAGCUUCCCCGACUACCAAGGUCGUCACUCCCGCUUCAAGAAACACACGUUCAUCCCGGAGACGAUCUCAGCCUCAACGAAGAUCUCACAAUUGAAGACCAUAUCCCCGCGAGACGAUCAGACAAAGCUGCACGAAUGCUCGGCGAGCCGAUUCAGAGGUACCCGAAGUACAAUAUUCCUGACGUAUCCUAUUUCGUCUCGCCUUCGGAUGACGAGUUCCCGAGCCCAACUCGGGGGGCGGAUGCCAAAUUGCCGUCAUUUUCCACCUCAAACGCGUUCUACACGCCAGAGGGCGGGUGGUACGCCAACGAUGACGUGCCUGACGACCGCGGGGACAGAAUUAGUCCUAUUGCCUUCCGGCCACCUUCCCUGGCAGUCUUUCCGCCGAAUCCGAAAGAUAGAGGCGGCGAUUCAGAUAUCGAUGAAGGAGUAGACAUGACGGCGGAUGAUAAAGUCCCAUCCCCAAGAGCAAUUCGACCACCGCGCGUAGAUUCGCACAUCCAUCAUGCUUAUGGACAUUUGCGUGUCGAGUCGCAGGCCUCGUCGUCGACAAUAGCGAUGGGAGGAGCCGCCAGACCGGACACGCUCUACAUGGACCAGUUCUUGGCCCCCAAUUCUGUCCCCAGCUCUAGUAACAGUAUCCCAGCUCGACGCAAUCGGGACUCCAAGGUGAUACGAGCGGAGCGUGGCUGGGAGGGCGAGUGGAAUCAGGGCGACAUGAGCGAUGUUAUUAACAAGCUGCGGACGUUGCGGUGA